AUGAAGACCGUCGCCAUCUUCGCUACCGUGCUCCCCAUCCUCUCCGCUUUCGCGGCCCCUGUGCCCGAGAACGACGGCAAGGGCAAGAAGAGCCACGACUCGGGCAAGGGGGUGUACAAGCCCAACAGCCAGUAUAUCUCGAAUGGUGUUUUUGACUUCACUUCGACGUACUCUACGUAUGCCACGCCUGAUCAAGUGUGAGUUUUCCACACGCAGGGUCCGGCCGCUUAGGGUCGCUCGCUAAUGUUGCCUCCUCGUUUCCUCCUGGACCCAACAGUGUCAACGCGAACUCGACUCCUACUCCUGGCGAGCCUGGAGCUUACGGAUGGUUCAACUACGGUAUCAACGCUCGACAAGAGAUCAUCUGCUACAACAUCACCGUGUUCGUCUCGGGUAACUACAGCUCACCUGCCAAGACGGCGACCCACAUCCACCAAGCUGUUUACGGCCGCAACGGCCCCCCUAGGAUCGCGUUCCCCAAUCCUACCAUCACUUCCCCUAUCGAUGAGUUUGGUCGCCGUGUCUCGAUCGGCUGCCUGCAAGGGCCCUUCACCACUGGUCUCGCUGCCAACGGAACCGACGUGAGCCUUCAACUUUUUAGAGCUGGUGCUCCCUACAUGUUCUUGUCCCAGACAGUGUGCUGACCAGGAUACCAUACUCUUCCUUUCAUAGACCGGAACGAACUUCACACUUGCCCAGAUCGAGCAGAACCCUCCCGGCUUCUUCACUGACACCCACACCGCCAGCUACCUCGCCGGUGCUAUCCGUGGCCAGCUUACGCUUACCGGCACAUCGUACUAG